UUCACCGGGAAAAUGACAUAUCUUAUGAGGAACUUCUUGAUGAACUUCUGCAAGCUAAUUUGUUUGGCGAUAACCUUACCUCUCCAACUAAUGGAGUUUUUGGGCUUAUAUGGCAUGUACAAGCGUUUGUUUCCGCUUCUUGCUUACAAUAUCACUUUUUCAUACAACGACAAAAUGCACGAAAACAAGAGGAACCUUUUCCGAGACUUGUGUAAAUUCUGCAACACGGAUGGUACACUUCGACUUCUGGAGAUUGGCUGCGGUAGUGGGGCCAACUUCAAAUACUACCCAUACGGUUGCACGGUCAUUUGCACAGACCCCAACCCUCACUUUGAGAAGUACCUGCAGAUGAGUAUGACAGCAAGCGACCACCUGACCUAUGAAAGCUUUGUGGUUGCCUCAGGAGAGGACCUGAUGGCAGUGCAAGAUGAGACAGUGGAUGUUGUUGUCUGCACGCUUGUGCUGUGUUCUGUCAACAAUGUGCCACAGGUACUGGAAGAGGCAAGACGGAUACUCCGAAAAGGUGGUGCUCUGUACUUUCUGGAGCAUGUAGAGUCAGACCCCUCCUCUUGGAUAUACUUCUUCCAGCACAUGCUCCAGCCCAUGUGGUACUACCUGGGGGACGGCUGCAUGGUUACCAGGGCAACGUGGAGAGAUCUGGAGGCUGCUGGGUUCUCAGAGAUCCAGCUCCGACACAUUGAGGCUCCGCGGGUCACUUUCAUGAUCAAACCACACAUUCUUGGAUAUGCCAUCAAGUAAACGUUUCAUUCAACUGUUAAAGUCAAACUAUUUUUUAAAUCUACAUAUUUUAUACUUUGACUAACUUUUCUAAAAAGAUUUGGGCAAUAUUAAGCAACUGUGAUUUAAAGUCACUUCCUGCUAUUCACACCUUAUUUGCCAUUUAGUUUAGGAAUGAAUGAAAUUGACUAUGUUGCAGUAACAACAGAGUAGCUAUAACUGUAUACUACUACUCUCUACUCAGCCCACUUCGACCUUGGUGGCUUGAGGUCCCCAGUGGAGAUUAGCUGUUGAUUGUGUUUUUUAUAGUGUUUUUAGCAGUCUCCACUGUUGGAAGGUCUUGUCUUCUAUAGCCAGUAGAAGUGCUCCAUUCUACUCUUUGUUUAUGUACAGCUCUUCACUCCAAUGUGAGGCCUCUGUCGAUAAUAGCAUUUCCACCAAUACAGUCAUUAAUUUCGCAGGUUUCCAUUUCACCAUGUUUAUUAGACAAAAUCAAUGUCGCAAAAAAAAUAAUUGCGAAAUGUGUCAUGGAAACAGCAGAUAGACAACAUGUUUUAUCUGUUCACCCGGGGUGGAUUUUUCUUUUGUUUCACUUUAUUGCAACAAAUGAUGAUGGAAACUCUAUUUUUCUAAUAAAUUAUGAUUGCUGAUUUAUUUUGAAGGUACGGGGGCACAUGAUGUCAUCGCGUAACUAUAGAGCUCCACUCCACAUUUGAUUCUAAAAGCAUACUGCUUGCAAAAUAAAACAAUUCUACUUUAAAAAUAAGAUUUCUUUGCAGGACAAGGAUUGUCCUGACCUUCAAGAAUGCCUGAAUUGCUUCGCCUUCUGUUUCUGGUUGGUUGGUAAGUUUCACCAUCCAAUUCUUUCAGAUCUACAGGGGUGUAAGUUACGAUGGUGCAGGCCGUGGUGAUAUGUUGAAUAUGAAAAAUGUGUCAAUUAUUGCAUUCUAUCCAUGCUGUCUUUCACGGGCUACCUGAGACAUGAAACUUUGCCUUCAGAAAGUAUUCACACCCCUUGACUUUUCCACAUUGUGUUGCAUUAAAGAAUUCAUUUCAAAUGGAUUACAUUUAGAUGUUUUCUCUCACUAGCCUACACACAAUACCCCAUAAUGUCAAAGUAGAAUUAAGUUUUUCAAAAUGUUUACAAAUUCAUUAAAAAUGAAAUGCUGAAAUGUCUUGAGUCAAUAAGUUUUCAACCCCUUUAUGGCAGAGGGGCCUAAAUAAGUUCAGGAGUAAAAAUGUGGUUAACAAGUCACAUAAGUUGCAUGGACUCAAUGUGUGCAAUAAUAGUGUUUAACAUGAUUUUUGAAUGACUAUCUCAUCUCACAUAUCUGUAAGGUCCCUCAGUCGAGCAGUGAAUAUCAAACACAGAUUCAACCACAAAGACCAGAGAGGUUUUCCAAUGCCUUGCAGAGAAAGGAACCUAUUGGUAGAUGGGUAACAAUUUUAAAGCAGACAUUGAUUAUCCCUUUGAGCAUGGUAAGUUAUUAAUUACACUUUUGGUGGUGUAUCAAUACACCCAGUCACUACAACAAUACAGGCGUCCUUCUUAACUCAGUUGCUGGAGAGGAAGGAAAUGGCCCAGGGAUUUCACCAUGAGGCCAACAGUUACAAGAGAACACUGAUGAUGGGUCAACUACAUUGUAGUUACUACACAAUACUAACCUAAUUUACAGUGACAAGAAGGAAGCCUGUGCAGAAUAAAAAUAUUCCAAAACAUGCAUCCUGUUUGCAACAACGCACUAAAGUAUUACUGCAAAAUUGUUGCAAAGCAAUUUACUUUUUGUCCUCAAUACAAAGUGUUAUGUUAGGGCCAAAUCCAUUACAACACAUUACUGAGUACCACUCUCCAUUUUUUCAAGCAUAGUAGUGGCUCCAUCAUGUCAUGGGUAUACUUGUAAUCGUUAAUGACUGGGGAGUUUUUCAGGAUAAAAAAUGUUACGGAAUGGAGCUAAGUACAGGCUAAGUCCUAAAGGAAAACCUGGUUCAGUCUGCUUUCCACCAGACACUAGGAGAUUAAUUCAUCUGUCAGCAGGACAAUAACCUAAAACAAAAGGCCACAUCUACAUUGGAGUUGCUUACCAAGAAGACAGUGAAUGCUCUUGAGUCGCCAAGUUGGUUUCGGCUUAAUUCUAUGGCAAGACC